AUGUGCACCACAUAUCCAAUACUUAAUUUAGUAUAUCCAUGUAUAUACAUAUUAAAACAAAUAUUUGCACCAAAAAUUGAAGAGAAUGAAACUGUUGAUAGUUACUUGGAUCUUAUUUACAGCCCUUUAACAAAAGAUGAUAUUUUAGAAAGUACUGAAGAUGACGACUCAAGCUCUACAAGUGAUGAUAAUGAUAUUCCAACUGCUGAAAAUAAAGACCGAGAUCGAGGUCAAGAUCAAAAUCGUAAGCAUACAACUAAAAAAAAUGAAAAUGUAGAUGUUAGUCAAAUUGAGUGUUUGCUAUCAGCAUGUACACAAAACCUUAUCAAAAAGGUCCGUGCAGCCAUAUAUCUCUCUUUGAAAAAACUUUGGGAAAUACCAUUAGAAAUAUUCUUAAUUGCGAUGAUUUUAGAUUCUCGAAUGAAGAAUUUUUCUUUUGCUGAUAUAAAUGGUGAAAAUAUUGAAGUGAAUACUUCAGUUGCAGAUAAUAAUCAAACACAAGUACAAGAUAAAGUUACUCACUAUUUGUGCUAUCCAGAUGAAUCAAGAAAUAUUGAUCUUUUAAUUUGGUGGCAAGAGCAUCAG